ACAUGUUUGCUUCACAUGUUGAUAUGCGUACAAAAAUAAUGAAUGAAUGAAUUAUAUAAUUCAUUUGUUUUCUUUGAUUUGUUCUCUUCUGCUAUCACGAACAUGAGCAGUUGAACUGGAGACAGUCCCGCAGUAACGGACAUGGCGCGUAUUCAAUGACAACAAACGAGAGGCGAAGAAGAUUUUUGGCUAUUUUCCUCCUUUCUGACAAAGAAUGCAAACUUAGCCCAUAAUGAGGAGGGGAAUAACAAGGGGAGGUCACUCUAACCUCCCAGUCCCCAAAGCCUCCAGAGGAUCCCCUGGGAAUUCUAAGUCCCUUGGGAGGGGAGGAAACUUUGCCCACUCUGCUGAAGAUAUUCCCCAGAGAGUGCAGAAUUCCUAUGGCACUCCCUCUCCCCACAGACGAGCAGUGUCCCCUGGGGACCAGAGGAGAGGGUUAAGUGUUCAUGGGGAACAAGGAGGACAAUCUGGUGUGAGGUACAUUACAGAGGACUUGAUCAAGAAAAUAGCUAAAGAGGAUGCCCUCGAAAUGAUCACAAAUCUGAAUCUGACCCUGGCAAAGGAGGGGGGUAAAAAGAUUAAGUACAUUGAGAACUUGGAUAAACUGAAAAAACUGCAGCAAUUAAACUUGAGCAACAACAUGAUAGAAAAAAUCGAGAAAGUGGACAAAUGCUUGAAGCUUCGAGAGCUCAACCUGUCCUACAAUAUCAUCAGCAAAAUUGAGGGCCUAGAAAAUCUGAUGUACCUGCAGGUGUUAAAUCUGACCGGUAACAAGGUAACACACAUACCUAUCUGGCUGGCCAAACGACUCCGGGCUCUCAGGACGUUACACCUGGGGAAAAACAACCUCCAGUCACUAAGUGAGUUAGCAAAGCUUAAGCCACUGCCUGACCUGACCCAGUUAACAGUGGCGGAGAACCCGGUAGCCCAGCUUCCCCACUACAGGCAGUACCUAGUCUUCCAUUUGCGGACCCUGGAGGUUCUGGACAGUCAGCCGGUCACUGAGAGGGACAGACAGAUGGCCAGGGACAGAUUUGAACAGGAUGAGUUGGAGAGAUUAGAGAAACAAGUUGAGGAGGAUGAUUCGAGGUUGAGGAAGCUUGAGGAAGAGAAAAACUUAUCAGCUCAUGAGUCCUCGCUGUUGAAAGCUCAACAGGAUGAGUAUCUGAGACAGCAGAGAAUGUCCAUGGAUAAAAUGAAGGAUAUGGAAAGGGAGCUGGCAGCCAAAGAUGAGCUGCUGAAAAAGAAAACUUCUGAGUUGAACAAAGCAUGCGAGAAGCAUUAUCAACUGGAACAAGAAUUAGCAUUUUUUAAGAUUGACUCUAAGUUUGACAGUCUCGGCAAGAGUCCCUCAAGUUUCCACACUGAAGGGGAUGACAGUGGGGGCCUAGGAGAGAGUCCAUACAUAGGAAGGGCUCGGUACAAAGCAAAUCAGUACACCCGGGACUCGGACCUAUCAGGGUCCCCUCAACAACACCCCGGUGUCCACAGCCUGCCCAGCCCACAGAGAGCCGAAGUCAUGGAGAGACUACACACUCAGUUAGACAGCGAGCUCGCUAAGAAACAAGACCGAGUUCAAAAAAUGUUACCUUUGGCAAUAGAAGAUGCUGAUAGCCAGGUAAAACAGACGGAGGACCGCUUAAAGAGGCUGCAGGAUGACUUGAUGGGAACUGAGAGAAAACUACUCCAGGCUACCAAGGACCUCAAACGCAUGGGGGACAUCCCCGACAAGGAUGACAUCAAGGUCCAAAUACGUCAACGAAUGGCUAAGAAAAUGCAACUGGUAAAUGAGCUCAGAGACAGUGCAACACAAAUAGAGGAGGAGAUUGAUAAAACGAAAAACUCCAUGCAUCAGAAUAAGGUGGAUGUAGCUCGACUGAAAGGCCAGCUGGAGAGACUGGACACCAAGGAUCCUAAAUAUCGUAAGGUUUAUGCUGAGAUGGUUGAUAAGGAACAACAAAUCAGCGAGAGUAAUCAGAUGUACGGACAGCUGAAUCAGCAACUAGAGGUCAUGUUGGAUACCAUCGCCAGGGAAACAGAAGACAUCAAAAAGCUGGAAGUUCAGCUCAAUGAUGAUCGUAUUGAGAGUAAUGAAUCCAUCCGUACUGAGCUGGAUGAGAUUGUCGGAGGAUUACAGGGAUAUUUGUCUCAUGUGAAGACGAAAGGCCAGAAAGUUCAGCGAGAUUAUGAAGUGCUGCUCGGUGAAAAGAUGUCGUUGGAGGAUCAAUGUCGUAAACUCGAGCAGGAACUCAGUGUUCUGGACAGUGAAGCUGGCAAAGUACCAACACUUGAGCAAAGACUGAUGGAGUUAGAAGAUUCACUGUCCAAACACCAGGACAUGAACCGGACCUUAGAGGACCAGAUCCACAGGAACCGCUCCAAGGACGCGGAGUACCAGGACAAAAUGGAGACCACGGCUCACGAACUCCAGGAAAUGAGGAAGGCCCUGAAGGAUGCUGAGAGGAAAGUCAAUAAUGACAGACAACAAUAUGAACGCCAGGUACAGACUGAGCGAGAACGAGCAGAGCGUGCCAUGAGAGAAGCUCGAGACAAAUCUCAUCUCGAGGAUGAGAUUAGGAAACUACAGAGUCAACUUAACAAUACAAUGGCUCAGCUGAGUGACAAAGACAGGAAGUUGAAUGAUGCCAUUCCUAACCCAGAAUUGAGGAAGAGGUUAAAAGACCUCACACAGACUGUGAAAUCUGGCAGGAGCCCAAUCAGUCCGCAGAAUGACAGAGAUGUGCUGGGCAAAACCUUCAAGGAUCUUCAGCAAUAUAUGCACGAUAGUGCCAACAAGAGCCUGCUGGAGGUGGAGCAGAUGAAGAAAAACACCAGCCAUCCUCUAGAGUCAGGCAAUGUUGAUGCAGAGAUCCAAACACUUAGAGAAAACUUGAAAAAAGCAGAAAACAAGCUACAAAGACGGGCUGAAAAAGACCAUAGCAAGGAUGAGAAGUUGGAGGCUGAGAGGAAGAACAACAAAGAGUUACUGAAUGAGAUACAUCGACUCAAGGACGCUUACAAAGAUCUGGAAAACAAGUCUGCUCAGGGUCGACCAAUUAUGAAGAUUGUAUAUCGCCCCGAGUCUGAAACUGAUUCACUUAACUCGGAGGAGAAAGCUCUGUAUGAUGAACUACAGAGGGAGCUACUAGAACUCCGUCGUAACAUGCGGGUCAAGGAGAAUGAGAAUGCAAAGCAACUCGCAAAUGCAGAAAAUGAAGCAGCCAUGUUAGAACAAAUGGUGAGAGACCAUGAAGAAGAACUUGCUAAAACUCGAGAAGAAAACGAGCUGGAAAAAGAGAAGUACGAAGCUCGUAUGCAGGUCAUUGCCCAGGAUUUGGAGCAGGCUCAGACAACAGCUGAUCAGCUUAAGUACAUGUUGGAUGAACGGGAUGCAAUUCUUCAUGGGGAAGUGCAGAGCAAAAACAUGAACAACCAGAUGAUCAGUUCUCAAGAAGCAGAGCUGACCAAGCUUUAUGAUAUUUUGGAAGCCCAACGGCAGGAAAUUGACCACUUAAACCAUCUGUUGGACAAUCUGGCUGCAGGGGGCAGUGCUGCAGCUGGCCCAGUGUUUGAUGAUGAGUUAUGGAAGUUACGACAGGAGGUUAAUCGCUUAAAGGAGACGCUGGCCAUGCAGUCAGCCUAUGUCCAGUCUAUGCCAAAGCCCCAGGGAGUAACAAGCGCCCAUGCCAGCACCGGGAUGGGACCAUCUCAGUAUCAUGGCCAAGCAUCAGGACCCACAUCUUACACACCAGUAUUAACUCAGCAACACGGGGCACCUAUGGGGAUUAUGCCUGGAGCACCUAUGGGAUUGAUGCCUGGAGCACCUAUGGGAUCAAUGCCUGGAGCACCUAUGGGAUCGAUGCCUGGAGCACCUAUGGGAUCGAUACCCGGAGCUAGAGGGACAAUGGGUGCUAUGAACACAGUCCCAGGUGGAUAUGGCAGUCACCAGCCAGGUAUAGGAGCAGAUAGAGGAGAAGCAAGAAUGCCACAUGGUGGUAGACCUGCAGGAAGGUCAAGGUCAACUGAAGGUCGACUUACACAAGGAGCAAGGCAUUCUAGCAGAGGAGGGACUGGUGACUCAGAUCCAGAAAGUGUGAGAAGCCACAGAAGUGGAAGAUCCAGACACGGCCGAUCAGGUCGAGAAAGAACCAGAUCUUCCCGCUCUAAAACAGCAUUCGAACCAGUGCACAAGCCACAAGCCUAUAAACCAGUCCAGACCACAGGAGUCUAUCCCCUGGGGGUUGUUAAUGCUGGUCAAGGUCCUCAACCCCAGCCCUCACAAAACAUUCCAGGCUAUCAUCCAGCCACAGGCUCUUUUCACGGUAGCCUGUUCCCACAAGGUGUUACCCAGGCAAGAGGAGUGAGUCAGACUCCUGGUUAUGCUGGUACACAAACACCUGGUUAUGGAAGUACCCAGACCCCAGGGCAUGAUGGCACCCAGACAUUUGGAUAUGGAACAAACUCAGGGAUAGCUGCUGGAGCCACACAUACCCCAGGUGUCCAUGGAACACAGACUUCCUAUCCGGUGGGACAGAUCAGCUAUUUACCUGUAGCAGCCAAUCCUGUUCAGUCCACGGGAUCUGGCAUGAGGUACUUGCCUGCAUACUCCACGUCACCUGAGCGUCCUGCUGGCAGAAUUUACUACCCCCCUGGUGGUGCUCCACCUCCCCCACCCCCACCACCCUCAGGGUCCACCCAGUACGGUCCUCCAUCUCCCGGACCUCGUGUCACUUUCCUGCCACUGGCACCAGUAGCAGCUGGAACACCUGUUAAAGGCAGAGCACCUGAUGGCUCUAUGACUGUCCCUCCAAGUCCUAUAGUGGCCGGAUCCAUUAGUAUGGACGGUGGUCAGCCACGGGGAAUCCUGAAGAAUGCUGAUACUGGCGGGGACGACACGUACCUGUUCUGCAAUGUUCCGGAACACCAUGACCUGGAGGACUAUGUUGCAGAACUUCAGGAAAAGCUACGAAAAAUGAAAACAAAAUUGGCUCGAGAUGAGGAAUUACAGAGACAAGCUGAGGAGGAGGAUGACAAUCGACUAAUACGUAGACUCCGAGGAGAGUUAGAGCAAAGACGAGAUGAACUUGAGGGGUUGGAUUUGGCCAUUGAUAAACAAAAGAAAUGUUUGAAGGAUCUCAAGAAAGAGGAAAAAUUCCUGGAAAAUGAGAGAAUUGCAGCACGGGAUGAAUUGCAUUUCAUGAAACAUCACAAUGCUAGAGAAAGCAAGAAACGACGAUUACGAGCCAAUGUGUUUGAGGAGUCUUUCACAGAGGAGGAUGAGAUAGGCCUGGCAGGAAGCCGUAGAAAGUUUCUGCGAAAUGAAAUUGACGCACUUGAGAGAACCUUGGCUAAGCGGAGAAAUCAGUUACAAGAUGCGGACAAACUUUUGCGUGUCUGCAGCUCAGACCUCCAGGAAGCCAAGGAAGAGGCAAGGCAGACAGUGGAAAAGUAUGACAUGGCCACAGAGAGUUUACAAAAUACUGUGAAAGAGACCGGAGAGCUAGAAAAACGAGCCAAUCAGGCAGGGGUUGAGCUCAUUAAAGCAUCAGACACGCUCCGUGCAAUAAGGGCUGAGGUCAAAGAUAUGGAGCGGAAACAAGCUAAGCAGGAGAGACUGCUCCGCGACAUCAACCAGGUCACGGCCAAAAAAGAUGCAGAGUACAAGGACCUUGACAGCAGAAUUAAAAGUGCUACACAAAACUUACACAAACUUCAUGGGGAGCUUACUGCAGCAGCUGCCAGAGAAAAAGAAACUGUAUCAGCAUUAAACGAUGCAGAGGAAGUGCUCUCAAAACGGCGAGCAGACAUUGCAAGAAUGAACGACCAGAUUGAUCAGCAAAAGCAAGAAUUGGAAAGGCUGGACCAGAAAAUGGGUAAAAAGAGAACGGAAUUCCAGAUCCUUCAGGAUUCCCUGGAGAAAAAGUCCACAGAGCUGACAUCAGUACUACGGGAGGCUGAGGCAGAGUGUGCAUCCCGGCAAAGGGAGGCAAAGGACUAUAAAGAGAAAAUAAGCGAGUUGGAAAUGCAGAAAAAUGAAUUGUUACAUACUCUGAAAAUCAAACGUAAUGAACUUCACAAACGCAAAGAGGAAGUGGAAACGGAGGACGAAGUGUUACAAAAACUGAUCAAUUCUGUGAACAAAAACAAGUCUGAACUUCAGCAUAUAUUUGAUAUGCAAAAGAUAGAAAAGCAUGAACUGGACAGUUUGAAAUCACAGCAUGCACAGAAAUUAGCAGAACUGGAGAAAACACAACGAGAAUUGCUGGAGGAGAGAUCGCAGUUAGACCAACUUAGUGCAGAGACGAAUCGAAAGUCUGCCGAGGUAGAUCGUCUGCGACAGAUACUGGACCGUGACAGACAGGAAGUGGAGAGACUGGCCAUGGAAAAGCAGUCCUUGGAGGAUCGUCUGACAGCCAUGUCACGUGAGAAAGACUUGAUGGACGACAGUACCAAAACCCUAGACAACAAAAUAAACCAAAUGAGAAGAGCUCACAGGUCUGUAGAAGAGAAAUUAGAUUCUUCCACCAAGAGACUGGAGAAUGUGGAGUCAGAACUCCGACAUCGGGAGAAGGAGCUGGAGGAGUCCAACCAUCAGCGAGCACAACUCCAGAAGGAGGUCCAUGCCCUCAGGACCAAUGCUAAAGACUGCAAAAGUGAGUUAAAAACUAUGAAGGAUCACAUCAGAGAUUCAGAGGAUCAGCGUAAAAGUUUGGAUCAAGAUUUAAAAGACAUCUAUUUAAAAAGAGAUGAAGCAAAAUUGGAGUAUGAGCGUUUGAAUGAGGGCAUUCGUCAGAGCAGGAUAGCACACGAUGACUACAUGCGUCAAGAAAAGGUCAAGCAGUCGGAGCUUCAGGAACUCCUGAAAAAUGUGAACGACAAGUCAAUAGAAUACCAAGAGGCAAAAAUGGCACUGAAUAAAGUCAGAAAGGAAGUCGAGCGAGAGGAGAGCAAACUAAACAAGUUGGUCACUAAUGCUAACUUAGAAUUAGAGAACAUUCGCUCCGACCUGCAAUCCAAGCAGUUAGAGUUGGAACAAGCCACUUUCUCAGUCAGCAACCUCAAGAAAGAGUCAGAAAAAUUGCAUGUAGAUGAAGUAAAGUUUAUGGAAUUGGACAAGCAAAUCAAAAGUUUAGAAAAAGAAAUCUUAGACAGAAAUGAGGAGAAGAACGAGCUGGCUAAGGCAUUGUCAAGGUCAUACGAGGAACUACAGAAAGCUCGCACUGCAUCAGCUCAGGAACAGGAACGAAUGACGAGAGAGCGUUUAGAACUUGAAAAUGCUCUCCAUGACAUUCAGACGCAACUAGAACAAGCAAAACAGGAAAUGAAACAAAUGCAGAAUCGAACCUCUCACCAAGUAACUGAGCUGCAGAAUUUGGCAGAAAUCCAGUUUGGGAGGGCCAAUCGGCUGGGAGAUGAGCUCAAUAAAAUACGCAAAGACAACAAAGAUAUGAGGAAAAAGUUACUAAUGAAGAAUCAGUUGAAUGAAAUUGAAAAAGAAAGUGAGGACUGUUUGAAUUCAAAUAUAGGUGAUCAGGACAACAAUGAAAAGUCAGAAAAUGAUCCUCAGGAUGCAGAUAUCAUAGACCAACAUCUUGCAAACCUCCAGAAUAAUUCCUCCCAGCCAUGCCAUGAGAUGAUGUCUGAUAACAAAGAGAACAUCAAUAAUGAGGGAGGAGGGACUGUCAAGGAAAACAUAAAGGGCAAAAUGACUGAGGAACAGGACCUUCUAAGGCAUCAGUUACAAGAGCAGAUGAGAAGACAUGCGGAGGCAAUGGAGCAUGCACGACUUCAGUCAGAGGGGACGAUUGAGAGCCUCAGACAAAAGAUGAAUGCCUUACAAGACGUCCUAGUCUCCAGUGGUGAGGACUCCAACACCAGACUGUCACUGAUCAGGAAAAGGGCGCGGUCUUCUUCACCAGGAAAAUCCAUACUGGACACCACCAUUGUAAGGGGUAGACAACGAUCCAAAAGUCCCACAUCAAGACGCAGUUAUUUAGCACAGCGACCAAGGUCUCGGUCAAGGUCAUAUGAAAGGUCUCACAGCCCCCUGUUUCCAGAAAGAGAUCUUGCAUGAUGUGGAAGAAAAGUGACCAGUGUACUUCUACAUGAUGGAUGCGUUUUUCAUUGUUGGUAUUCCUGCAGAGCUGUGAUAUUUACACAACAGUCCCUUGAAGACUGUUUUACAGUUACUUUUAAGAUGUCUGUGAUUAUAUCUGCAACUAGUAUUAUGAUAUUUUUUUUUAUUUUUGCAGAUUAGUUUUUUGUAGAUUGUAGAUGUAUGUCCUGUACUGUUCUUUUAUCCAAUUUGUCUUCUUUUAUAUCAUGUAAAGAAUCUUUCCAAUUUUUUUAAUCCAUCCAGGCAAAAAAUAACCGUCCAGAAUUGUUUAGAGAUUUUUGAUUUCUGAUGUAUAUUUAUUUAUUGUGGUGCUUUCAGCAGUUUUACUUUUGUAUUUUUUUAUUCAUAUUUAAAUGUUGGAAGGUUGGAAGAAUGUGUUGGUCAUGAUGGAAGACUGUUAGGUGCCAAAGUGUCAGAGCUGUGUUGUAUGUAACUUGUGACAUUGUGUACUAGGAUUCAUUAGAAUAGCAGCUGAAUUCUUGUGUAUACAUUUUAUAAUUUAUAUCAAAGUAUUUUAUUUAUGAAUUAUAUAUUGUACAUGUAUGUAUAAUAAAUGGAAACUAAAACUU